AUGUCCUCAAUUGCCUCUACUGCAUCGACUCUUUCUAAGCGCGCGCAAGAGUGCGCUGUGCCCUCGCAGUCUCCUCUCUGGGGCAUAUACGCAGACCAGUGGCACCCCGAAUCCAAUCCAAAUGGAUAUAUCAAUGUUGGCGUCGCGGAGAACACUCUCAUGCACGGCGAGUUGGAGUCUUAUAUUCGCAGGAGCAAUGAUAUCCCAUCGAAAGCCUUCACUUAUGGCGAUGGGCCGCUGGGUUCCAGCCGCUUGAGGGACGCUGUGGCGAGAUUCCUCAACCGCCGAUUAAAGCCCGCUGUGGCUCUUGAGAUGCGACAUGUCAUUGUUACGAACGGCGUGUCUCACUCCAUUGAGCAUACAUCUUGGGCAUUCUGUAACCCGGGGGAUGGAUACCUCCUUGGUCGACCGUACUAUCGCGCUUUCAUUCCAGACAUAGCACUCCGUCCUGGCGUGGAAGUCCUUACAGUCGACUUUGGAAAAACAGACCCUAUGAGUGUAGAAGCCGUUGGCGAGUACGAGAAGGUGCUCCUCGCGGCCAAAGACCGGGGCGUCCAUGCAAAAGCUCUCAUGCUAUGCUCGCCGCACAACCCACUGGGAAGAUGCUACUCCCGGGAUGUCCUCAUUGCCUACAUGCGGCUGUGCGAGAAAUACCAGAUCCACCUAGUCAGCGACGAGAUAUAUGCCUUCACGACUUGGCACAACCGUCACGAUCCUUCGCCUCCUGCGGUCGAGUUCACCUCCGUCCUGUCGAUCCCCACAAGAGGCAUUAUCAAUCCAUCCCUCGUCCACGUGCUCUGGGGUAUGAGCAAGGAUUUCGGGGCCAACGGGUUGAGGGUGGGAUACGUCAUCUCGCAACACAAUGAAGCGUUUCACCGGGCGCUUCUGGAGGUCGCGAUCUACUCGUACGCAUCGUCAGCCGCCGAGCACAUUGCGGCAAACAUGCUCGAAAACGAUGAUUGGGUUGACGACUUCAUCCGGGAGAAUCAGGAACGGUUGGCCGAUACGUUCAGUUUCGUCGUAGACUUCCUCAACAAGCAUAAGAUACCCUAUGCGCCAGGCGCAAAUGCCGCGUUCUUCAUCUGGCUGGAUCUUGGGCGGGCGUAUCUGGACCGACACCCCGAACGUGGCGCAGCCGAGGUCACCGACGCAAUGGCCGACGAGAUCAUGCAAUCGCUCAUGAGUAGUAAAGUGUUUCUGGGGAGCGGGUCAUACUUCGGUGCAGAGACGCCGGGAUUGUUUCGCAUUGUCUUCACCCAUCCCAGACCUUACCUUGAGGAGGCCUUGAGAAGGAUAGCAAGCGCAAUAGGGGAAGGGACUGAAGCCGGACAUCAAACUACGUUAACACUACGCGGUGGGUCCCAAGCUGUGAGAGAAGGUAUAUAA